AUGGAAUUCAAGAAUUUAGAUGAAUACGAGGAGAAGGCGAGGGAUAGCUUGUCGAAGAAUGCCCUCAAUUACUACCGCAAUGGCACGGGCAAGGGCUUAUCGCUGCAGUGGAACAGAUCGAGCUACGACAGAAUCCGUAUCUACCCACACUGCCUCAGGGAUGUGUCAAAGCGCUCUGCAAAGUGCCACUUACUGGGCAUUGAUAUGCCCAUGCCGGUGGGUGUAAGUCCAACGGCGAUGCAGAAAGUGGUGCAUCCGAAAGGUGAGAUUGCCAGUGCCAAGGCUGCUCAGGAGGCGGGAAUCGUUUUCACACUUAGCUGCAUGUCCACCACGUCCCUCGAGGAAGUCGCCGCCGCCACCCCAAACAGCCCCAAGUGGUUCCAGCUGUACAUUUACAUCGACAGGGAUCUCACAAGAAAUUUAAUCCGACGCGCCGAGAAAGCUGGAUAUCGAGCUAUUGUCGUUACGGUGGACACACCAAUGUUUGGAUUUAGGCGACCCAAAAACAAUUUGUCUCUCCCGCCUCAUCUGAACCUCGAAAACUUUACCUCGGAGCGUAUUCAGAACUUGAAAGAGGCGGGAGAAAAUCUCAACCUCGGUACUUAUUUAUCGAAAGGCCACAUCAUCUACAGAUGCUUAACUUGGGAGGACAUCAAGUGGCUCGUGUCAGAGACUCGUUUGCCGGUCCUGGCCAAGGGAAUCCUCCGUGCUGAUGAUGCCAUCCAGGCGAUGGAAUGUGGCUGCAAGGGGAUAAUCGUGUCGAAUCACGGCGGUCGCCAGCUUGACUCUGUGCCACCCACAAUUGACGCGCUGCCCGGAAUAGUGACCGCAGUUGGAAGCAAAGUGGCCGUCAUUGUGGACGGAGGUGUUCGCCAGGGAACAGAUGUAUUCAAAGCCAUCGCUCUUGGCGCCAAAAUGGUACUUCUUGGGCGUCCCAUCAUUUGGGGCCUCACUGUGGGCGGACAGGAUGGGGUGGUAGAUGUCCUGAAGAUCAUUCAGACCGAAUUCGAUGUGGCUAUGGCUGUCAGUGGAUGCUCCAAAAUCUCCGAUAUCACUCAGGAUUUAAUUGGUUUUGAUCACACUUGCAGCAAGUUGUGAAAUGUUAUUCUAAUUAAAUUGGAUUUCAUUAAUAAAGCAAUACUAAGGGA